AUGGCAUCCAAAUGGUCAAAGGGGUCCCACCUCUGGUAUGCUAAGCGUGUCGCGGAGCCUCCUGAGGCCCCCCCUCCUCCCCUCGGUGACUUGAUCCGAACAUGGAGGGUGGAGGACCUUGAUGAUGAGGCUCGAACAUAUCAAGAUCAAGCCCAGAUUCGCAACCCACGCACCGUGAAUUCGUUCAACUGGGUGGGCAAAAGAGGUGGUGACCCAACCAUACUGAUUCCAGGCAAACCACCCCAGUGGACGCCUCAAGCCCACCCCUCGCGCCUCAAGGAAGACAGUGGGCGGUCCUUCCGCGACAAGAAUGCGGCUCGCUACCCAAAGCACCCGACCGAGCCCGCCGUCGUGGCCGCCCUCGCCGCAGAUCCCACCAUCCCGGCCGAGAUUGAUAUGUUCGCCUGCGGAAGCACAUUUGGCAACCUUUUGCGCUUCGUCCAGGGUCAGGACCGACCCUUCCGCAUGCUCGUCUACAAGCUGCACACGACCGUCUUCCUAGUCCGGCGCGAGAACUCGCCGACCGAGCUGAUCCCGGACGUCCGCGGGUACGGCCAUGCCUUUCCCGAGGCCAACACCACCUGGGAAGCCGACGUCAGGGGCUCGGUCUCACAUCAGCGCCUGGUCCGCUACGAGUUUGGUGGGCUGGACCUGGUCGUUCGUUUUGAGGCCGACGGCUACCUCAAGCCCGAGGUGCACAAGACUGAUGGCAGAAGCCCCAAACAUGAAUUCAAACCCUCGACGACCUCUUCCUCCCAACAUCAAAGCAUCCUAAACGACCUGACGUCCUCCCUCUCCAGCACCACGAUUACCCCCUUCCUCCCCAAUAACAACACUAGCUCCAUCAUCAGCACUAGUACUCCUAGUACCAAUAGCAAAACCCCCACAGACAAGAUACCUCUUACCAUAACCCGAGCCGGCGAGCUCAUCCCCUCGACUUACCUAUUCGACCUCAAAACCCGCAGCAUCCGCACCCGCCAGAACGUCAAAUCCCACCCCCUGACGGAUCAACUCCCCCGGCUCUGGGUGUCGCAGAUUCCGAAUUUCAUCCUCGCCUUCCAUGCGUCAGGAUUGUUUGAGCCAAAAGACACGGAAAUUCGUGACGUGAGGGAGGACGUGGCGAGGUGGGAGAAAGAAAACGCAAAGGAACUGGCGAGGUUGGCGGUGCUUUUGCGUUGGGUGAGGAGGGAAGAGGAGGAGAAGGCGCUGCCGGGCAGGGGGUGUUGGAGGUGA